AUGAGUGACGAAAGCAAGGAAAAGAUGGCGCGGUGUCAGCAGCAGGAGCGGCUGCGCUCACCUGUGAGAGGUCCUGGUGGGCAGUGCUGGCCUGGCUCCGCUGCGGGCUCGGUGUGGCGUGCGACCCAGAUGGCUGCGGUGAGGGCGAAGCCGAUGGGGGAGCCUCCACCGGACACAGAACAUCAGCAGUGUCCCCGCCGCUCCCCGCCCCCACCCGGGCCCGCGCUGUGCGUGGAUGUGGACCGAGCGCUGUUUGGCCUCUGGCUCCCUCACCCCACACUGGGUUUGUCGGUCCAUGCUGCCCGGGGCACACAGGUGGGCCCUCCAGUUUGGGGUCUCAUGGACAGGGCCACCAUGAGUGCUCGAGACCUGAGCAUGAACAACCUCACGGAGCUGCAGCCCGGCCUCUUCCACCACCUGCGCUUCCUGGAGGAACUGCGUCUCUCUGGGAACCACCUCUCACACAUCCCGGGACAAGCGUUCGCCGGUCUCUACAGCCUGAAAACGCUGAUGCUGCAGAACAACCGGCUGGGAGGCGUCCCUGCGGAGGCACUGUGGGAGCUGCCGAGCCUGCAGUCUCUGCGCCUCGAUGCCAACCUCAUCUCCCUGGUCCCGGACGGGAGCUUCCGGGGGCUGCCCUCCCUCCGCCACCUGUGGCUGGACGACAACGCGCUCACCGAGAUCCCGGUCAGGGCCCUCAGCCACCUCCCCGGCCUGCAGGCCAUGACGCUGGCCCUCAACCGCAUUGCCCACGUCCCCGACCGCGCCUUCCAGAACCUCAGCAGCCUGGUGGUGCUGCAUCUGCACAACAAUCGCAUCGAGCGCCUGGGGGCCCACAGCUUCGAGGGGCUGCACAGCCUGGAGACUCUAGACCUGAAUUACAACGAGCUGUGGGAGUUCCCUGUGGCCAUCCGGACGCUGGGCAGGCUGCAGGAACUGGGUUUCCAUGACAACAACAUCAGAGCUAUCCCAGAGGAGGCCUUCCUGGGGAACCCUCUGCUACAGACGAUACAUUUUUACGAUAACCCAAUCCAGUUCGUGGGGAGGUCGGCAUUCCGGUACCUGCCCAGACUGCACACGCUGUCCCUGAAUGGCGCCACGAACAUCCAGGAGUUCCCGGAUCUCAAAGGCACCACCAGCCUGGAGAUCCUGACCCUGACCCAUGCGGGCAUCCAGCAGCUCCCCCUGGGGGUGUGCCAGCAGCUGCCCAGGCUCCGAGUCCUGGAGCUGUCCCACAAUCAGAUACAGGAGCUGCCCAGCCUGCGCGGGUGUCGGAGGCUGGAGGAAGUUGGCCUCCGGCACAACCGCCUCUGGGAGAUUGGAGCCGACACCUUCAGCCAGCUGACCUCCCUGCGUGCCCUGGACCUGAGCUGGAAUGCCAUCCGGUCCAUUCACCCUGAGGCCUUUGCGACCCUGCGCUCCCUGGUCAAGCUGGACCUGACGGACAACCAGCUGACCACACUCCCCCUGGCUGGACUCGGGGGCCUGGUGCACCUGAAGCUCAAAGGGAACCCGGCUCUGUCCCAGGCCUUCUCCAAGGACAGUUUCCCCAAACUGAGGACCCUGGAGGUGCCCUAUGCCUACCAGUGCUGUACCUAUGGCGUCUGUGCCGGCGUCAAGGCCUCUGAGCAGUGGGAGCCCCAGGACUUCCAGCCUGAGGACUGGGAGGCUCCGAAGAGGCCCCUGGGCCUCCUUGCUGGACGACCCGAGAGCCACUAUGACCUGGACCCGGACGAGCUCCAGCUUGAGAUGGAGGAUGCCAGGCCACACCGCAGUGUCCAGUGCAGUCCUCUUCCAGGCCCCCUCAAGCCCUGCGAGCACCUGUUCGGGAGCUGGGGCAUCCGCCUGGCCGUGUGGGCCGUUGUGCUGCUCUCGCUGCUCUGUAACGGGCUGGUGCUGCUGAGCGUGUUCGCGGGCGGGCCUGGCCCCCUGCCCCCGGACAAGUUUGUGGUGGGGGCCAUCGCGGGCGCCAACACCCUGACCGGCCUCUCCUGUGGCCUCCUCGCCUCCGUCGACGCCUUGACCUUCGGCCGGUUUGCAGAGUACGGCGCCCACUGGGAGGUGGGGCUGGGCUGCCAGGCCACGGGCUUCCUGGCCGUGCUGGGGUCAGAGGCCUCUGUGCUGCUGCUGACUCUGGCGGCCGUGCACUGCAGCGCGGCCGUGUCCUGCGUGCGGGCCCACGGGAAGGCGCCCUCUCCUGGCAGCGUGCGGGCGGGGGCCCUGGGCUGCCUGUUGCUGGCAGGACUGGCAGCCACCCUGCCGCUGGCUUCCAUUGGGGAGUACGGGACCUCCCCGCUCUGCCUGCCCUACACCCCACCCGACGGCCAGCCCACUGCCCUGGGCUUUGCUGUGGCCCUGGUGAUGCUCAACUCCUUCUGUUUCCUGGUGGUGGCCGCCGCCUACGUCAAGCUCUCCUGCAACCUGCCCAGGGGUGACCUGGAGGCUGUGUGGGACUGCGCCACCGUGCGCCACGUGGCCUGGCUCACCUUCGCUGACGGGCUCCUCUACUGCCCCGUGGCUUUCCUCAGCUCCGCCUCCGCGCUGGGCCUCUUCCCAGUCACCCCCGAGGCCGUCAAGGCCGUCCUGCUGGUGGUGCUGCCACUGCCCGCCUGUCUCAACCCCCUGCUGUACCUGCUCUUCAGUCCCCGCGUCCGGGAGGACCUGCGGUGGCUGCGGCCCUGCCUGGGGGCCCCCGGUCCCCUCCCCUACACGGCCGCGGGCAAGCUGGAGCAGAGCUCCUGCGACUCCACCCAGGCCUUGGUGGCCUUCUCCGAUGUGGAUCUCGUCCUGGCCGCCCCUGAGGCCAGGCCGCACCCCGGGCUUGAGACCUACGGCCUCCCCCCAGUGACCCUUGCCUCCCGCCGGCAGCCAGGGGGCCACUUUGCAGAGCCGGUGGAAACCUGCUUUGGGAACCGGCCACUCUCCACGGACGGACUGCUUCUGGGAGCUGAGGGGGCUGUGCCGGUGGGCGGGGGCUGGUCAGGGGGCAGGGGCUUCUCUGGCUCAGCCUUUGCCUCACACUUAUAAAUGUUUUAAAUGUCUCCCCCCACACCCUGUUUCCGUCCCCUCUCCCCCAACAAC